AUGGAUCUGACAACUGCUGCUGCUGGUGUUAGUGCUGCAUUCAUCAUCAUAGCUACUCAUGGUAAAGUAAGAAAAAGAAGAUGGUGGCAGAGAAAAUUUUUAAAAAAUGGGAUAAGCUAUGGUGACAACUUAAUGUCUGAAUUACUUUUAAAUGACGGCAGUUCAUUCCGCAAUUUCGUUAGACUAACUAAAUCUGAUUUUGAAGAACUUCUCCGUUUGGUAGCUCCUAAGAUCUCGAAAAAAAAUACAAACUACCGUGCCGCUAUUCCGCCAUCAAUAAGAUUAGCGGUUACUUUGCGAUAUUUAGCCACAGGAGAUUCGUUUACUAGUCUUAUGUACCUGUUUAAGAUAUCGAAGCAAUCAAUUUCUACAAUUGUACCUGAAGUAUGCGAAGCAAUCUUCGAAGUUCUAAAAGGAUAUUGUCAAGUAAGUAGAUAA